AUGACUGAUGAAUUAAAAGAAAUGAAAUCUUUGAUUCUUGAAAAUCAAAAAACUAUAAUUUUACUGACGGAAAAAAUUAAAAAAUUGGAAGAAAAAUUAUUUUUAAGUGAUAAAAGUAUAACAAGAGGUGACAAAAAAAAACCGCUAACAGCUGCUGAGAUAGUUGGACAUAAUAUGGAUAUUAUGAAUCUUAUAAUAGAACGUAUAACCAAUAUUAAAGAUAGAAAAAAUAUUGAAUUGACAUGCAAAACUUAUUACCUUUUAUGUAAUAGACCAGAUUCAUACAUUCCAAUUAUGGGAUAUGAAGCUAUAAAUUCACCUGUCUCAAAAUGGCAGGAAAAAGGAGGUUUUACAUUAUUUAUUUGUAAUCAGGAAAUUGAAAUUGAUAUACCGAAAUCAUUUUUUUUUAAUGAAAUUAAUUCACAAACUAUUAAAACAGUUUUAGAAAAGUAUGUUCCUAAGAUGAAAACUUUAUAUAUUAUGAAAUUAUUUUCUCAUCAUAUUGAUUUUUUUAAAAAAUUAAAAUGUUUCAAAAGUAUUGAAAUUGUCAAGUUUAGUCGGUAUGCUUUACAAACAGGUGGAGCAGAUUUAUUUGAAAAGUGUACAACUUUGAAACCACAUACUUUUAUUGCUAACAAUGAUCAUAUGUCUACCUACAAUUUAAGAAGUUUUUCAAUUAAUAAAAAAUCUAUCAUUUUUCCUAAAAGUUUAAAGAAUAUUUAUUAUGAUUGUUUCUCAGAAGACUUAGUAUGGUUACUUUUGAGUGUAAAAAAUUGUGAAAUUGGAAAAUUUGACAGUCUAAUUAUAACAAAAGAAAUCAUUGACUACCUACAAUAUGAUGAGAUAAAAUUGGCAUUUUUAAAAUUUUUGACUUAUUUUAAAUGUGUAAAUUAUUUUGCCGGUGAUUUUUUGGCCACAGAAUUAGAUAAUGAUUUUGGAAGAAUACUUGCUGAACAUAAUAUUGCCGUUAACCUCAAUAUUUAUUUUGAAAGAUAUGAUUGUGAAUAUCGAAGAAAUGCUUUCAAUAAAAGAAAUUCGAGACUUUUGGCACAUCCUGGUUUUUAUCAUAACAUUAAAAGUUUAACUAUUUUUGAUUGGACUUACUCAAGACUAUAUAUGCCUUUUACAGAAUAUGAAAUUAAAACAUUAAGUGAAGACUUAUCUAAUAUGGUGACUUUAACUACUUUAGAAAUAGACUUUAGUUUAUUUUGUAGUUAUCCAGACUUUUAUCAAAUAUUUUCUGUUUUUAAAAAUAAUUUAAAAAAUUUAAAAAUUUAUCGUUGUGGAAAGAUGGAAUAUAUUCAUCUCAGUACAAUUAGUCAAUAUUGUAUUCACCUGAAUAAUCUCUCAUUAAUUAAUAUUAAAAAUACAGUAAUAUCUAUCAAGGAAAUAAUCACACUUUUUAAAUACUUAAAAGGUCUUGAAGUCGAAUUUCAAAAUAACAAUAUAAUAUUCAAUUCAGCUUGUGAAACAUUAACACUUAAUAAUCUUAAAGAGGGUAAUAAAUUCAUGUGGCCAGAUCUCAAAUUUCUACAUAUCAUUUGUAAUUUAAAAAAUUUCGUAGAAAAGGAUGCUUUUGAAAAAAUGGAAAAAGAAACUUCAAGAAAAGCGGGAACUUUCUUUUUAAGAAACUUUUACAGAAUGAGUGAAUUAUUUGUUGAGGUUAUCAUUCAAAAAGAUCAAUUGUAUUAUGAUAAUUUUAAAAGAUUAUUUACUAAACGUUGA